GCGUGGGCUACGGCAUGAUGGUGGUGUCCACCUACAUUGGGAUCUACUACAACGUGGUCAUUUGCAUCGCCUUUUACUACUUUUUCAUGUCCAUGACAAAGCUGCUGCCGUGGACCUACUGCAACAACCCCUGGAACACGCCGGACUGCAGCGGCGUGGUGAGCUCCAGCCACCAGCUCAACGCCAGCCUGGCUAACGCUACCACCAGCCUGGUGGCAGGAGUGUCUGAGGUGGUCAACCGCACCAAGAGGACCAGCCCCAGCGAGGAGUACUGGAAACACUAUGUGUUGAACAUCUCUGAUGACAUUGGGAACUUUGGAGAGGUCCGUCUCCCAAUCCUGGGCUGCCUGGCUGUGUCCUGGUGUGUCGUCUUUCUCUGUCUCAUCAGGGGUGUUAAGUCCUCUGGAAAGGUGGUGUACUUCACCGCCACAUUCCCCUACUUGGUUCUGACCAUCCUGUUCAUCCGUGGCAUCACCCUGGAUGGAGCCAUCAACGGCAUCAAGUACUACCUGACUCCACAGUGGCAGAAGGUCCUCGAUGCAAAGGUGUGGGGAGAUGCUGCCUCGCAGAUCUUUUACUCUCUGGGCUGUGCCUGGGGUGGGCUCAUCACCAUGGCUUCCUACAACAAGUUCCACAACAACUGUUUCAGAGACAGCAUCAUUAUCAGUAUAACCAACUGUGCAACCAGCGUGUACGCCGGCUUCGUCAUAUUCUCCAUCCUGGGCUUCAUGGCGCACCACCUGAACGUCCCUGUGUCCGAGGUGGCUGACCACGGCCCUGGGCUGGCCUUUGUGGCCUACCCAGAAGCCCUCACUCUGCUUCCCAUCUCACCACUCUGGUCACUGCUCUUCUUCUUCAUGCUCAUCCUCCUGGGACUGGGGACUCAGUUCUGUCUGCUGGAGACCCUGGUGACGGCCAUCGUCGACGAGAUCGGUACAGACUGGAUCAUCAGAAACAAGACUGUAGUCACGCUGUCAGUGGCCGUAGUUGGAUUCCUGCUCGGAGUGCCACUAACAACACAGGCAGGAAUCUAUUGGCUGUUACUGAUGGACAACUAUGCUGCUAGUUUCUCUUUGGUCAUCAUUUCCUGCAUCAUGUGCAUCUGCGUCAUGUAUGUUUAUGGUCACAGGAACUACUUUAAAGAUGUUGAGAUGAUGCUGGGAUUCCCUCCUCCUCUCUUCUUCAAAGUCUGCUGGAGAUUCAUCUCCCCUGUCAUCAUCUCUUUCAUCCUGAUCUUCACAGUGAUUCAGUACAAGCCCAUCACCUACAAUGACUACGUGUAUCCCGGCUGGUCUCUGGCUAUCGGCUUCGCCAUGGCUCUGUCCUCAGUGGUCUGCAUACCCGUCUAUGCCCUCUACAAGAUCUCCAGGUCCCCAGGAGCCACCUUCAGAGAGCGGUUGAAGUUUGCCUGCAAAUCACAUCCAAAGUGGGGCCCUGCCCUGCAGGAGCACCGGACAGGCCGCUACGCCCCCAUGGCCUCCGAAGACACUGUGGAGGCUCGUCCCCUCAAGGAGAAGGAGGAGCUGAAGGAGGAGCUGAAGGAGGAGGAGAAGGAGAAGGAGAGGAAGGAUGAGAUCAGCCUCACCAUCCAGGGAAGCAACGGCUCCACCAACACACACAACAACCCCAACCCCAGCGCAUAG